GCGGACAGAGCCCCAUGACAACUCUGUUUUGGUAGUUUUAACCCUUGUUUACAACAUAGUGAAACGAUAUUAACGCGGACUUCCAAAGUCACGUGCAAAGUCACCAUAUAACCUCACAGACCAUCAUGCCAUCGGCCUGUGACUCUUCGAUUGAGGACAUUGAGGACAUGGUGUCUGCUAGCGACCCCACCCCUCAGGACAGACAGUCUGCCAGGAAAAGUGUCGUACCCAGGGCAAGGAAGAGAAAAGAGCAACUGAUCAAUGAGGAGCUCCAAGCCGACAGCGUUAUCCCCGGGACCCAGAAAAUCUGGAUGAGAACAUGGGGCUGCAGCCAUAACAACUCAGAUGGAGAGUACAUGGCCGGACAACUUGCUGCCAGUGGCUACAGAAUGACUGAUGACCCGUCAGAAGCAGACCUGUGGCUGUUGAACAGCUGUACAGUGAAGAACCCUGCCGAAGACCAUUUCAGAAACUCCAUCAAGAAAGCCCAGGAGCAACAGAAGAAGGUGGUGGUAGCAGGUUGUGUUCCACAGGCUCAGCCCCGCAUGGACUACCUCAAAGGACUCAGCAUCAUAGGGGUCCAGCAGAUUGAUCGUGUGGUUGAAGUAGUCGAUGAGGCUGUUAAAGGGCACUCAGUGCGGCUGUUGGGUCAGAAAAAAGACGGAGGCAAGAGGCUAGGAGGAGCCAGACUGGACCUGCCCAAAAUACGAAAGAACCCUCUCAUAGAAAUCAUCUCCAUUAACACUGGGUGUCUGAAUGCGUGUACCUACUGUAAGACUAAACAUGCCAGAGGAGACCUGGCCAGUUACCCCAUAGAUGAACUGGUGGAGAGGGCCAGGCAGUCCUUCCAGGAGGGAGUGUGUGAGAUCUGGUUGACCAGUGAAGACACAGGGGCCUACGGCAGAGACAUCGGGACUGACCUGCCCUCCCUGCUGUGGAAGCUGGUGGAGGUGAUCCCUGAAGGAGCCAUGCUGCGGCUGGGCAUGACCAACCCACCCUACAUCCUGGAGCACCUCGAGGAGAUGGCCAAGAUAUUGAGUCACCCCCGGGUCUACGCCUUCCUCCACAUCCCCGUGCAGUCGGCCUCAGAUAGCGUCCUGAUGGACAUGAAGAGAGAGUACUGUGUGGACGAUUUCAAGAGAGUGGUGGACUUCCUCAAAGAGAGGAGGUGUAAUGCCUUCUUCAAGAAGUGUAACGGCCUGGGUUCAUUUGGCGUGAUCACAUAUGCACCAGCAGCUGCUGGGUCAAGGGCCGAGUCCGUGUUAGACGCUGAGAUGGACUGGGUCCAGGAGAAAUUUGAACAGAGCACCACUGAUCCCAGUGAAACCCUCACCGGGAGACGCAGUAGACGCAAUAAAAAACAGAGGACUAAAGAGCUGUCCCAACUCUUUCACUCCUACAACCCCUAUGACCAUAAGGUAGGAGAAAGACAGCAUGUGCUGGUGACGGAGAAGUCUUUCGAUGCCCAGUACUACGUGGCUCACAACAAGUUCUAUGAACAGGUGCUGGUGCCCAAGAGGCUUGCGUUCAAAGGGAAGAUGAUCGAAGUGGACAUCUACGAGGCGGGAAAGCACUUCCUGAAAGGACAACCAGUAGACGACUGUGAGCCGUUCACGCCCUCCAUCGCGACACCGCUGCAGAACGGACAGGUGUCUGGACUGACGCAGGAACAAACGGCCAUUUUGGCAAAUGGUCUCCGUGGUCCCGCUUCAACUCCCUCUUCAUCUGGCUCCUUCUUGAUUGGCUCCUAUAGCCUGGACAGGGAGGGACUGAAGAUGCUGGGGAUGGGGCUUGCACUCACGGCAGCCAUUUUGGCCUUCAUUCUGGAGAAGCUGUACUGACAAACGGUUCAGACAUCUGAGAUUUGACAAGAAUGUGAGACGGAGAGAGGGUAUUGUUGGAGGGCGAAAAUAGUGACGGGACUCUCUUCUGCUUGGCGUCCUUGAGCAGACUCACAUAUUUCAUCUUAAAAACACCGGAAGGGUUGAUGAAGAAUUAACAGGAGGAGGUGAUGUCCACAGAGUCCAGUGGUUGUGCUGUGAGAUUGUUUUUAAUGAAAAAAGUAGAAUUUUCCACCGCACAGUCAUUUUACUUCACACGCCGCUCCAGUGAAGUCAGUGUUUCUUAUUUCUUUGCCGCGGCAAGUACAAAUAACAAUACAAACAAUGUGAUAAAAUGCUAUAAGGGCCAUGUGCGUCCAUUACUAUUUCAGAGAGAACAGGUUUUUUUUUUUUAAAUUUUGUUGAGUACAAAUCACCUUCAAGAUGUUAUAGAUCCCUAAGCGAAUCCACUAUGUAAAAAAAAAAAAACGCAGCCUGUAUGAAGAUUUGAAAAUGCUUCGCCCUGCCAGAAAUGUUUGUCGGGAUUGCACAGUGUGAAGCUUUGCUCCUCAGUCAUUGACGACUGUUAACUGAUUUUAUAUUGAAACUUGAGUUAACUUCAAGUGUGUAGACACAUCAAGAUUUGUGGGUUUUCUCCGACACACAGCAAGCUUAAGCAGUAGGAAUAAAACUGGCCAGGGUUGCUUUAAAAUUUUUCAAUGGUUGAGCUGCGUUGAAGGGGUUAAAAGAAGAGCGAAGGCUUAGAGUCACAAUUGUCUUUUUUUUUAAGUGUAAUGAUACAGUGGGGACCCAAGGCGAUGCGACAAUGGGCACCACCAAGGUGUCUGCCAAGCUGGCUUGAGCACACGUCAUCGUGCUGGCAUGUGAGAUGAGUUAGCCGACAUGAAAUCUGAAAACUUUUCAGUCUGCAUUUGGAGAGGGCUCAAAAAACGUGCUACCGGGCGUCCGGGUAGCGUAGCGGUCUAUUCCGUUGCCUGCCAACACGGGGAUGGGCGGUUCGAAUCCCUGUGUUACCUCCGGCUUGGUCGGGCGUCCCUACAGACACAAUUGGCUGUGUCUGUGGGUGGGAAGCUGGAUGUGGGUAUGUGUCCUGGUCGCUGCUCUAGCGCCUCCUCUGGUCAAUCGGGGUGCCUGUUUGGGGUGGAGGGGGAACUGGGGGGAGUAGUGUGAUCCUCCCACGCACUACCUACAUCCCCCUGGUGAAUCUCCUCACUGUCAGGUGAAAAGAAGCAGCUGGUGACUCCACAUGUAUCAGAGGAGGCAUGUGGUAGUCUGCAGCCCUCCCUGGAUCGGCAGAGGGGGUGGAGCAGCGACCGGGAUGGCUCGGAAGAGUGGGGUGAUUGGCCGGGUACGGGGGGGCAUUCUACUGUUUAUUACAUGAUUGCAGUACAGAAAAGAUCAAACUGACCCACCACCGAGCUGUGUUUACCCACUUACCCUCCAUGUCUUCCUCGCGCAGCUUCCGGUCAGCAUGCACGUGUGCACAACCUGUUUUUGCAGUCAUCUUGUUGAGGAUUGAGAUGUGGUAAUGGCGGAUACAUUAGAGAAAGGAAAAUAAGAACGACGGAUCAAAGUUUAACUGUAUAAUACUCGGAUCAGAGGUCAUCUCUAACCUUAAGUUCGACUUUUCUUUUUUGACCCUGGAGAAAGACGCAUAAUUGUUAUAUUUCUAGCGGAUUGGCUUUAUUUAUAACGAGCGCUUUUGAAGUUGUUUUUAAAGCAAAGGUUUUUUUAAAUUUCAGUUGGGUUUGCGUUUUUUUUUUUUCCUUAAAUGUCAAUCUUAAGUUUGAAUAUAUUUGUAUUGUACGACCCCAUAGCAACAGAUUUUCAAUAAAUUGCCAGGCAACUGGUCAUGAAAAUGUCAGGAGAAUGUUUGCGAUUUAUUGAGGAUUAUCUUUAUACACCCGGCCUGCGGGCCCAAGUGUGCCUGCUGUUUGUGUGACGUUGCUUUUUCA